AUGACGGGUGACUCCCUCGGACGGCCGGGACCGGGCUUGGUGGGUGUCUGUCCGACUAGGUCACUUCUCAUUCCACCAAGUCGAACCCGGAAGCCAGUUACGGUGCAGUGCAUAGGAGCUGACCUUGAGACCAUCAAUCUACAGACACUGGACACCUGGAAAGUGCAGUAUCGACACAAAGUCGUGCUCAUACUCCUCGUCUACCUCCUCAUACCGGCCGCUCCAGGCUCAGAUCAGUCGGCGCCCUAUACGAAGCUGCUGGGCUCCAGCCUCUCGGCUUCUGUGGAUGCCCUUGACCAUGCAACCUCAGCGAUCGUCAGUUCGAGCAGCGUUCAAGUGGAUCGUUACCCACUCACACCCGUGGCAGGUCGCUUCGAGCCUCGACGGCAUGAUCACGUGCCGCCCCACGAGCCUUCGGCCUCGCCCCCCUCGAUCCGCGAUUUACCUCAUGACGAAGCGGACAGACACACGUUGCCCAUCAACUUCAGGGAAUCGAACUCCAUGCUUCAAGAAGCGACCGAGAGCACAUCCUUGUCUUCUCCCCCACCGUCGGAUUUAUCCACACCGGCUGCGACGCGCGCCGAAGAUUCUGCCUUGACAUCCGUACCUGGCCGAUCGUCUUCUUCCUCACCCGCAUCGACCAUGGACGAGUCCGAAUGUCCCAUCGACUAUCGAGGUCGAGCCAUGUGCCCCGGCGUCGAACGCGAGCACCCGUCCUUCUCAGCCCGUUCCGCCGAACUUUCCUCCGAGUUCGCCGACGCCGUCCAUGAAUUCGGACUGUGGCUCCUCUCGCAAUUCCUUUCAUUCCGCAUCACCCUCUCACCUUUCAAACUCUUCGUGCUCAUCAUCCACGCCUUGUCGGUCGGUCAAUUGGUCGCGCUCAUCGUUGAGGAUUCGAUCAUUCGAACGACCUUGGCGAAUCCGAUGCCACCGCCUUUCCCCAGCGCGGCGAAUUCCUUCUCCAAGCGCAUGAGUCGAUAUAGGUGGAGACUCGAAGCGACCUGGAGCAGGUUCUGGAAGUCCAUUCUCGUGUUGGGGUUGUUGUUGGUUGGUGGGACGGCAGUGAUUCGAGAGGGACAGUGGGGUCCGAGGAAUGCAAAGAGAGGAGGCUGGGAUGAUGUACCGUUCGCGCAGUGGGUGCUCCCGGCCGUCGUUGAGGUUCAUGAGGGGGUCAGCAAGGGGCCUUUGAGGGAUCUUGUACUGCUUGAGGUGAGUCGCAAGAGUUCUGCAAUCGAGUGGACUCUUUUCCUAAUAUUUUUGGUUACCAUUACAGGCAUGCGGCUUGAUGCUCUGUCUCUUACAACCGCUCAAACAUCUCAUUCCAACCUCGAUACUUCCCUCCACCCUCCCACCCCCCGCAUCCCUAUACCCUCCCAUCCGCAUCAACCCCUCUUCCGAUUCUUCCCAGCGCAAACCACAGCAUCUACCGCCCCAACUCCAACUCGACAGCUCAUGGCUCAUCUCCCUCUUCGUCGAUGUGACACUAUCUCUCAUCACCCUCCUCCAACUUCUUCGGUGUGGGCUCCUCCUCCCCACGAUCUCCCCUCUCACGGUUCCACCGCAUCUGCUGUUCCAUACGGCCAGGGGGAGGGUACACGCUAUCGUUCAAGCGAGGAUGACGCUCUUGAGAACGAUCGAAUGUCUUUUCACGGUGUUCAAAUUGUUUCCCGAGGAAAUGGACACGUCUCCCACUUCCACGAACAAGACCUCAUUGGAAGGACCAGACGAUUCCGAAUGGGUUUGCACGAUUUGUUUCGAAGGGGUUUCCGUCGAGGACGGCGUUGAUCCCAAGGCUGAGUCUACGACAAGUGGGGGAAGGAAUGACGAUCACAUGGUCACGAGAGGUCCUAUGAUGACCGUCAGAGCCAAGUGUAGGCUUCCAUGUGGGCAUAAAUGUGAGUUCGGGAACGAGCUGCUCCGAACAUGCCGCUCGAAGGAAUUAAUUCACCCCUCGAAAUAUUUUCGCCGCAGACCAUGCCGGUUGUCUGACCCAAUGGUUCCACCACCAAACAUUCUGUCCAUGCUGCCACGUACCUAUCUCCUCUUCCACGCCUUUAUCCUCUCCAGCGAAUUCAUUACCGGGUUCUCCGAGGACAGGAGGAGGAGGUGGGCGGAACGGUGGGGCUUUGUUCGGACUGCCACCAUUGGGGGAAGAGGAGGAGGAUACGAGUGAUUUGUACCCCGCUCAGGUGAGGAUGGGAACGGGGAGUGGAGAGAUGGAAGGUGUGAGGUUGAGGAGGAGGGUCGUGGAUCUUGGAUCGCCCGAUGAGGUUGGAAGGGAGCCCGUCCCAGGCGAGGUAGCCUGA